GAAGCGCGCUGCGCUGCGCUGUGUGGCGGCGGUGCCGGCCGUGGCGGCGCGAUGUGGGGCGGCCGCCGCCUGCUGCCGCUGCUCACUGUGUGUGCGCUGUGUGCGCUGUGUGCCGGCACGGAGCCGGGCGCUGUGACCUGCGGGUCGGUGCUGAAGCUGCUCAACACCCGGCACAGCGUUCGGCUGCAUUCCCACGAGGUCAAGUACGGCUCCGGAAGUGGGCAGCAGUCAGUGACAGGAGUUGAAGCUUCAGAUGAUGCCAACAGUUACUGGCGGAUUCGUGGGAAGACGGAUGGCAGCUGCCAGCGUGGAACCCCAGUGAGAUGCGGGCAGGCAAUACGGCUUACUCAUGUAAACACAGGAAAAAACUUACACACUCAUCACUUCCCAUCACCGCUCUCCAAUAACCAGGAAGUAAGUGCCUUUGGUGAUGAUGGUGAAGGAGAUGACCUCGAUAUAUGGAUUGUGCAAUGCAGUGGGACACACUGGGAGCGGGAGGAUGCAGUGCGCUUCAAGCACGUAGGAACUGAGGUGUUCCUUUCAAUCACUGGGGAGCAAUAUGGCCAUCCCAUUAGAGGCCAACGGGAAGUUCAUGGCAUGCCCACCGCUAAUCACCACAACUAUUGGAAAGCAAUGGAAGGAGUCUUCAUCAAACCCAGUAUGGACCUUGCAAAACAUGAUGAGCUCUGAAUUGCCAGAGGAUCCAAUAAGGUUCAUCCUACUCCCAUGGUCAGAGAUGCUAAUACUCGGUCUCUUAAAAAGUCCCACCUUGCCUAAGUGAUAGACUUUCUGUGUUACUGAAGGGCAUUAGUUCAUUCUAGGAAUGCUGCACUUCUGUGGGAAUGACAUCUGCCAGGCUAAGACAUUUUACGUUUAUUUAAAACAUCCUAUCUAAAUCUUCAAUCUUAUUUGGUGAAACUAGAUCAUACGUGUUAGUUCUCUCUGUCAUUUGUUUUGUCGUUACUUCUCCAAUUCAAAAGAAAUUGAAAAAACAAAGUAGUACAUCUCUGUAGUCCCAGGUACCGCAAAACUUUGUAUUUUGUAAUUUUUUUUCAGUUAUAAUUAAAUAUUUGGAAACUUAUUUCUAGCUAGUGAGAGAAUGCUAUUAAUGAAGAGCUGGAGUAAGUCUAGAAAGGGAAAAUAGUUCUUGCUGUCUCUUAAGUGAGUCAAAUUCUGCUACUUCCAGAAAAAUAUUUCAGUCCAUCUGAAAAUUGCUUCCAAUGUGUUUCAUGAGUUUUGUUGUGUAUUUAUGGAAAAGUUGAAAAUGCUGUGUAUGUUGAAGAGGACAAGUUUUUAUUUCUUACCUUUCUCUGAAGAAAUUUGUGGGUUUUUUUCUGCUGAUUGAUUGUGAUACUGCUAAUUCUCAGACGGUAAGACUUGUGCUCUAGGAACUGGUGCAGAAGGCUCCUACUUGUUUAAUUAAUGUUAGAAUUUUAUAAAAUUCCAUGUGAUGUGAAUAAAUUUGCUUUAUGUUGUUCUUGCAUGUCAUUGCAAGCUCAGUAUGAGAAUCCAGGUGUAUAAGCAGUGGGACUUACAGCCGUGUGGGGCUCUGCUGUGCGAAUCCAGGAGAGAGUAAAUCUUAGAAAAUGGUUUGGUCCUGGACUUUGAACAGAGGGGUAAUCUGUAGAGCAAGGAAUCUUCAUUGCAUGAGGCAUUAAUUUCUGUGUUCUGUGGAAAGAAUGGAAAAAAAAUCUAACUCUUGAACACUUUUAUUCCAGUGUAUUACAAGAAAUACUGACUGAAGCACAAAUUACCAGACAUUUUCUAAUUGCUUUAAAGAGAAAAGCUCAGUAAGUGAGUGUGAAAAGUCAGCAAAUUCAGGUGUUGGUUUUUUCCAUGUAUAACUAGUUUACUGACUAUGGUCCCAAUUAGUCAGUUAAUGAAGGAGGAACGUUAUUUGCUGCUUUUACGUCUCCAGUUACAUGCUGUGGAGAGUGUUGAUGCAGUGUAAUAGGUAGUUUCAUUUACAUUUUAUACAUGUACCUAUACACAUGCUUCAUAUGCUGAUCCCUCACACACUUGUGCUGCACAGAAUAGCUUCAGUUUUAAUUCAGGGUUUGAUUCUAGUGAAGAUCCUUCGUAUUCUGCAGAAGAAGCAGCCUCUGUUGUUCUGUGAUAUUCUUCGAAGAAGGUAAGAGUGUUUUUCUGUUAAUCUUACGGUAUUGAAGGAUAAGAGGCAUUUUGGAGAUGAAACGAGCUGGUAUUGCUUUGUGUUACAAGCAAACCUUUCUGUAAGGUUCACUGGUAUUCCCGACUAAUUGUUAUUGAAGUAAUAAAGGAUAAUUACUAAAAAAAUAAUAUUAAUAAAUAAAAAGUAAAAAUUGUUUAAACAAGCUGCCCUUUCCUUUAAUAAAAAGAAGGGCUUUUCCUCUGAAGUUCCUUUAUGAGAAACUGCAAAAAAAGCAGUAGCACUAACAAAGUGAAGAAAUGAAUUUGGCAAUGAGUUCUCGAGUCCUCUUUAACAGAGGGCUAAAAUCUUUAUGCCUAAACCAUAUGGCCUUAGUUUGGUGUUUGCCAGCAUCCUUGUGGAAUACUGGUUUGGCUGAGGGAAGGGUAGAUCUGUGUGGCUCAUCUUGGUCUGUGUGCCAGUUUUAUUUGUUUCGGUUCCUGCUGCAGAAGUUGUGCUGACAGACUCUGGGAUAAGCCUAGUUGAGGAAUGUCUGAGGAAAAGUCUGUUACUGUUGUCACAUAAAGCAUGUGAAAUGCACAAUACAAAAGUUAUGAGCUGAUGUAAGAAAUGCAGGGGCUUGGAGCUGUGAAAAAUAUCUUGUGCAAUUGCAAACGUGCUUUUCUUUUUAUAUAACUUUUAGAUUUAUAAGAUCUUAAUUAUUGUUUAAUGCCAUAUUGUAUGAUUUUAAACUGAAUUACUACAAUUUCAAAAUCUCAUUCAAGUGCCUUCAUUAUCUCUGACUGCCUACAGUGCAGCUUUCCACUGCACUCUCCACAGCUGAGGACUGGAGACUUAAUCUCCAUUCAUGUAUUGGGUUUUUUAGUUGCUUUUUUUCCAUAUGACUUUAAUAAUCUGACGAAAGCUGUUGAGAAUGAAAGUAAGAGAUGAAACUCUCCAACACGUGGAUAUGAAAGUCUCAAAUGUUUUGCUGCUCUUUUUUCUUUUUAAGGUGGUGAUCUCAAUGUUAUUGUAUUUCCUUCCGAAGUUCUCUGUGCACUUAAAUGUCAACUAAAAACUUUUUGUUUGUUUGUUUUGCUUCUGUUGAUGGCAAAAUAGAGUUCUGUCCAGUAAUUGA